CGGAUACUGUAUGCUCACCCAUGUCAAAAUACUUUUCAUUGCAUUUGUCAAACGUGUGCACAUUUUGCGCUUGAAAACGCACAAUCGUGACUCGGUGAAAUAAAGUAAUCAGCUGGGCGCUAGCUGGUCGGCGUGGGAGCGUCGCCUUUGCCGUGACUCGGCCCAAAUGACUCAAAAACAAUCCUGUCACUCGCAUCUUAUUUUACAAUCGUCCUCAUGAUAGCUGACGUCACGCUGCAAUCAUGCAGUAUUAUGCCUCGUAUUUUAGCGUGUCCAUUUAAAAAAAAAAAAAUAAAAAUAAAACAAACCAACAGCCAAUUCGUAAGAUACUGUGCAAUCAUUUUUAAAAAUAAAACCAAACAUAGUUGUCAUAUUUCCCACCGCUUUAUGAGCUCGUAAAUGUCCCGGAAAGAGCCGAGCGCGCCGGUGUUGUUUUCCCAGGAGCGCUUCGGCACCGCUCGGGAGUCUUCGGGCAUUUCCGGACUCGGCGGCAGACGCUCGGGAGGGCAGCGCGAGCGGCGGCGGCUCUCAGAGCGCAGACGGUGGCCGCAGACAGGCGAGCGGGCGUCGGGCACACCUGGUCGGGAGCGCCGGUGCGCGAGUCGGAGGACCCCAACGAACCUGACACAGCAGCUCCCGGAGCCACUCAGUCGGGAAUGCGGCGUGUUUAAGGGGGAGGUGAAAUUCUCACGAAAUCGCUGAAAGGGACGCCGAGCCACCGGAAAAGAGCAUGGCGAGCGGCGGCGGCGGCGGCUUCAAGUCGAGCGCCACCACCGACUUCCUGGAGGAGUGGAAGGCCAAACGGGAGAAGAUGAGAGCCAAAAUGCUCGGGGACAUCGCCGCCGCCACCGGGGCCGGCGGCGGCGCCGCCACCUCGGGGAACUGCCGCCUGCUCGAAGAACCGCAACACCCGGCGGGCCGCCCGAAAGCCGACUCGCCGGAGCGUCGCGCCCCGGACGACGACGACUGCGGCGGCGGCGGCGGCGAUCGGGAGAGCCCGCCGCCCGGUAAGAGCAAAGAGAAGAAGAGCAGCGGGCCCAGCGCCAGGAAGGGCAAAGGUCAGAUCGAGAAGAGGAAGCUGAGGGAGAAGCGCAGGUCGACGGGGGUCGUCAGCAUGCCGUCCAACGAGAGCUUGGAUGAACUCGAUGACGACGACGGCGCGGAGAAGGACGGGCGGGAUGAGGAGGAGCAGCUGGUCCUGGCCAACACUUUCCAGAACGAGUCCAUGACGGCGGACCCGGCCACGGGACUCGUUUCGGACAACCUGGGAAGACCUGUCAACAUCCGCCCCAAGUGCGGCGGCGGCACGGACGAGGAGAGUCGGCAUCGCCACAGCCGCCACGUUAGAGACGCCGUGCCGGGAAGUCUGGAGAAAAGGCUGGAGGAGCUGGAGCAGGAGCUGACCCGGGAGCGCCAGGAGAACGACAGACUGCUGAAGGCCCACCGGGACAAAGACGACCUCAUCGACAAGCUCAAGGAGGAGAUGGACCUGCUGUACCGGGACCUGGACGACAUCGAAGACGAGAACGAGCAGCUCAAGCAGGAGAACAAAACUCUGCUGAAGGUUGUGGGUCAGCUGACCAGGUAGAAGCAGCUUUAACCGCGACGUCGUCACCCGCGUAUUUAAUGUAAAUGACUUUGUAUAUAAGACCAUUUAGAUGGACAUGAAUGUAUGCGCCUUUUCAAAACAAAAACAAAAAAAGAUUACGACGUGUAGCUGCUUUGUCAUGAAGAGUCCGCAGUGCCCCGGUGCACGGAUCAUAUCACUUUUUACGCUUUGCACAUUUCGAUGUCGGAAUAUUACGCCGGUCAAUGAGCAACGAUUUCAGGACGCUUGAUUGUGUCGUCGGGGUCCGAAAAUGAACCGGGAGGCUUUGAACGCAUCGCGAAAGGGAACGAGCUCUGCGCUUCUCGUCAUGUUGUUGUUUUUUUUUUUUUUUUGUAUUUUUUUCGUAGCUUUUAAAAUUUUAUUUAGCGUUGCAUUAUGCGUAUACGUGUACAGAAGAUGCAGUCGUUUAAUAAAACUUUGAUUAUCUCCCUUCA